AUGCUCAUAUUUCUUGCACUUAUAUCUUCAGUCUUUUCCUAUCAAGAAUGCAUUCAAGCCAAAUCAAGCGGAACUCAAAAAGAUUUCUGCGAGUCGAAACUUCUCUCGUCCAAUGGCAGUGCUGCUACAAUAUCCUGCUUUGUGAAUUUUUGUGAUUAUUGCUGCCAGUCAUAUUCUUCAAGUGACUGCUUAAAUCUUUGCAGAUCAACCCAUGUUGCUUCUAAUGUAAAAAAUGACCCAGAAGAAAUUUUUAUCAAAGUCUGCUCAAGCGAAAAGAUGAAGGAAGCUAUGAAGCCAUAUUGUGAAAAAUAUAUACCAAUAAGAAUAGGACUAGCUAAUUUUACUAUAGCCAGAAAUCAGUAACCAGUAAAUUAAGGGGCAGGGACCCUAGAAUUUUCUCUUAUGAGCAAAUUUAAGUUAAUUGUUAAAUAUUUUACGAUAGCUAGGAAUAAAUCAUUUUUAAUUUAUUUCAGUUAAAUAUGGUAUAACUCAAUAGAAGAAGAUAAACUUAAAUGCUAUAAUAGCUUUUGCUAUGACUGCUGCUCUGGAGAGCUGAAAAUAAACUCAGAAACUGACACAGAAAUGCAAAAAUGCAUAAAAUUCUGCUCAAAAAAUAUCCAAGGUGAAAAAGAAAAGAAAAAUUGUAGUGAAGAUGAAUCAAAUAAGUUUUGCACAAAAUUUUUUGAUCCGAAUUCGAAUGAUAAGAGGCUGCAUACAAUCCACUCAUGCUUAGAAAAUUUCUGCGAUUUGUGCUGUGAUGGGAAUGGAGAAUGCACUUCUCAUUGUGGGGUACAAAAAGUGGAGGAAAACGCAAAAAUUGAAGAGGCUCCUAAAGAAAGUAUAUAUUUUUAUAUGUAAAUAGGAGGAUAAUUAUUUUAAAAAAAAUUUUUAAAUUAAUUUUAAAAUAGAAUGCUAGAAAGCCUAUAUAUUUUUGUGGUAUUUAUAAAGGUAUAAAUAUUCCUAGUGUGGUUACUUCAGCUUGCUAUGAAUUUAUUGAUGAUUUUAUUGAAAUGAAUAGAUGCCAAUAUAAUAUUUGCUAUGAGUACUGCAAAAAUGAUAUAACUUGCACAAAAGCAUGCUUAAAAGCAGCAGAAAAAAAUGAAGGAAAUGAAAAAAUUGCAAAAAUUAUUGAAAUUAAAAUAAACUUGGAAAGCUCAAAAAUUCAAGCAGAAUUUGAUUUAGAAGGACCUAUUGAUAUAAAAAUUUCAAAAAUUAAGCAAGAAAUUGAAAAAUUUAAGCAUAUUCUUUUAAAAGCACAAAAAGAGCUGAACUCCUUACAAAAACAAAAGCUCUUAGGACUAUCAAAAGAAGUAGAUGAAGCUAUAUAA